GAAUUUCUGUAAUUAUAAGUUUUACUGAGUUAUGGAGUGCUGACAACUGCUACGGUUAUGUCAAGUUGAAUUAUGAGGAGAACAGCCGCGGGAUUGUUUUUUUCGGUCUGAAUUUUCUGUCGGAAACCCGAUCAAGAGAAACCGAACUCUAACAAACGAUAUUUUCUGGGUUGAACUUUGGAUUCAGGCAUUGACAGAAGUGAAAGAACCCGCCAUGUUGCCCUUCCAUUCAUCCAUCUGACCGAGCGUGUUUACAGAACUUCAGCAGAGCAUUACCGACAUUUUACUGGCAGGAUUUGUGUCGCCAUUAUAAAUAGAGUUCCGUAUCGUAUUGACCGGAGUGAGUAAUGACGGGUGAAUACCAGACAGGCUACAACAAGCCGACAACUUAAAACCCAGUGUUUGCAUUGUGUGGUGAUAAACGUUCAAAUCUCGCUGGAAUGUGAAUACAAAGUGGAGAAAUCAAGAUGGAGAAAACGCACUACAGUAAUUUAAGUCGUCUAAAUCCUGACCCAGUCGGGUUCCAGGGAUCGAUACACACGGCGACGUUGGCUGUUUGUACGGUGCUCGUUAUAUUCGUAUUGUUCCUUGGGUGUGUUGGAAACGGUACGGUGAUUCUUCAAGCCCUCAGGUGCAAAAAACUUCGGUCUAAUUUUGAUUUAUUGGUUUUGAAUCUAGCAGGAGCUGAUUUUAUUUUGUGUACCUGUUUAUCGCCGACAUUUUUAUAUCUGUUAUUUAAGGAUCCGCCAUCGCCGCAGAUAUUUUGCGGAAGCUUUCUGUUUUUGGGAAUCACGUGCGGGUUAUUGUCGCUGUUAACAAUCGUUGCUAUCGCGGUGCAUCGACAAGCCCGUGUCGUGGGACAGGCUCGUGGAACUCUGACCCUGACUCAAGUCGGAGUCAUCCUGGGCAUCGUGUGGAUUCUGAGUUUAUCGACAGCAUUAGGAGCCACGUUGCACAUGACGUUAAAUUGGGACGCUUCCUACCAGAACUGUCAAGCCAUCAUCAACAGCCCGGGUCUACAGAGUCAUAACUACAUCCUCUUCUUCAUCAGUCCCUUAGUAACCGUUAGUUUUAUUAUAAUUAUCAUCUCAUACUCCAUUAUAGCACGUGUUGUGCAGGACCAGGGAACGGGGCGUGUCAGGGUACCGCCCCCACCGAUAUCCCCCCACCGAACAAUCGACACAGAGCGACAGUUAGUAACCGUUCGACGUGUGUCUGGAAGACCGUGUCCGUGUUGUGCUCGACAUCCAGUAUUAGACAAAGAAAAUAAGGCUAUUACUAUGUGCCUUGUGGUUAUUUUAAUGAUCAUACUGUGUUGGAGUCCGCUUGUUAUUUCCCAGUUUGUAGAACUUGCCACCGGGGAGUCGAUUAUUCUGUAUCAGGUCAAGCUAUGUGGAAUUGCUCUUCUGUUUUUAAAUAGUGCUUUAGACCCUUAUGUUUACGCUCAAAACAACGAUAGACGGAAAUAUCGAUAUGGACGAAUGUUUUUGAGAAUUCUGAGAUGCCAGCGAAGACGAUCGAACAGGACGAAUUUGCGAGUGUUUAGUCGCAUUAAACCCGAUUUUAAGAGACAAAAAUCGUCGCCGAUUAACACAGAAACGAACACGUUACAAAUAGCUUCUCCGAAACAAACAAAUAAGUCGCUAGGACCAUUAGCUAGUCCCUAUAUUAAUGAUUCUUUAAGACGAGACUAUAUGUCUAGGCUUUUGUUGGUUGAACCAUGGGGGUGCGGGUCGCCGUACAACAGGGGGAUGAGCAACCACCUGGAAGACAUUCGCAUUCAUCGGGAUAAAAGGAUUUCUAACCAUAAAUCACCGGUAUUACCCGAGACACAAAAUUUAAUCGACUCAUGAUUCAUCAGACACUGAAUGUAAUUAUAGUUAAUUUGGAGUCAGGGGCUGAAUUUCCGAUUCGCGAUGAAACGAAGUCGAGACGAACGAGGAAGCCAUAAUAACACCUCGAGUACAGGGACCAUCCAUUUUUUUAUUGUGUUAAUUCAAAUAAAAAAAAAUAUAUGCGAGUGACGCGAAUAGUGGCUGAAAGUAGUGGCGACAAUUCAAGAGGACGUAUUAAACACUUAAGGAAAUCGAUCAUUACCUCCUCCCUGUAUUUGAUGACUGUGUGUUUAUCUUUUCAAAAGAAAGUGAAAAGUUUUCAAGAUGUCUGCUUUCCUUGUCGGAGUAUUGUUUAGGGAAUGGACAUUUUUUAUUGCCAUUUCGAGUGACGGACAACGGUUCUGCUUUUGUUGUCGGGAGUUUUGUUUAAGGAAUGGACUAUUUAUUUCAUUGCUAUAAACUUCAAAUGGCUGUUUUUUUAAAAAAAAAUAAAAAAAAAUAAACAAACAGAAUGAAAUCAAAGAUAUUUUUUUUAGCCAAGCUGAAAACUUUAACUCGAUGUAACGAGUGAAAUAUUUAUGCCAGCCAAUCAAAUUGGUGGAUUUUCUUUUAUUUAUAGAAAAUAACCAAGUAAUUCAUUGAGUUAUGUUUUACUUCUCUUGAAGGGAGCUUAUCAAUCUGAUUAAAAUUUAGAUCUAAAUAUUUGUUUUCCAUGUAGUUUUGAAUGCCAAAUAUGUACAUGUAGAAUGUAGCCAGACAGUCUCGAUCAUUCGUUGCAUAUCGUCUUUUUUCUCCCUCUAACUGCCCGUCCUCAUUAGCCCAGUCGGUACAAAACAGUAGGGCGUUAAACCCAAUUUCAUUUGCCUCUUAUUGAAAGUCCGUUUGGUGGAAUUAAAUUGUGAUCACUUGAUAGUUACAAUGGUCAAAAUUGUCUUAAAAUCAAUAGCGUUAAAAAGCCCUUUUAUAACGGACGUCAUCACCAUUUUGAAUGUCCACUUUGGCAAUCGUCGACUCGUUUUAAAUAAAUAAAAAACUGAAUCGACUUUUUACGUGACGUAAUAGAUUAAAGAUACAUUAUGGGAGAUAAGAUAAAGAGCUGGCAGUUCUCACUAUAAUAGUUAAAAACUACAUAAUGUAAAGGCAAUUUGUUGAAAAUUUCAGUCAAAUUGAUGCACUAUGAACCGAGAAUUAAGCGAUUGUAAUUUCGGCCUAGCCUCGAUCAUCAUUACUAAAGUCUGUACGAUAAAAAACAUAGUCUCGAACAUCCAUUUCAUGAUUAAAUUAUGAAUGGAAGUCGAGCAGCAAAUGGGAUCAUAAUCCAGUAAAUCCGUAGGCUAGCGAUGACAUCGAGAUUAUGGCCUGGAUAAGUUAAUUAAUGUAUAAUUAAUAAUUUAGAUAAAUUUUUAAAAAGCCAUAAAGAAAGACCUGCAAUUGGCAGAUUUAAUUCUUGCAUAAUGUAUGUUUAAAGGGCGGCGCAUGGAAUAUCAGCCAAACGAGAGUGGCGCCAUUCGAUGUGUGCAUGUGGGCAUCGUGUCGGACUUAUUUCACGCGAGUUCGUUGACUGAUUCCACCAGCGUAUGAUGUUUCUAGUAAUUAGCCAGAAAGCAGAUCCCAAUACUGGAUUUUGAUUCAUGAUGGGAAAUAACACGUACCGGAAUGAAUGUAUGUAGAAAUGUCGAUUGCACGUAAUCUCCAAGAACUCUUAAACAAAAUUUAAGCUUUAAAAUAACUUGUUCGUGCGAGCGGCCUAAUGUCCGAUUCCAUCAAAGGUGAUAUCCCAGACAAUACCCCCACCCCCCUCCCCUCCCACAAAAAAAACAAACAAACAAAAAACAAUAGGGAUCUUUGUUUUAUUCAGAUUGAUAAGUAACAAUCAUUUCAACCAUUUUGCAUGAUUAACACAAAGCUUUAGGGGGAUGAAUGAAUGACAAGAUUGAAUGAAUAAAAAUAUGAUAAAAUAAUUGAACGAAUGAAACCAUACACGAAGAGAGAGAAUGUGUGAAUGAGGAAAAAAAUGAAUGAAUGAAAAACAAAAUUUAAUAAAUGAAUGUGUGAAUGGACAAAUAGAUGAAUGAAAUGAAUGCAGGAAUAAAAGAAUGAAUGAAUGAACAAAUAACUGAAUGAGAUAAAUGAACAAAUAACUGAAUGAGAUAAAUGUACAAAAGAAAAAAAAAUAAAUGAAUGAAAGUGAGAAAUUAUGUAAUGUAUGUAUGAUUGAAUAAUAAAUGUACAAAUAAUUAAAAAAAAAUAAUGAAUGAACAAAUAGAUGAAUGUACAAAAGAAAAAACCCUAAAUGAAUUAAAUGAAAUGGGGUUUAACGUCCUACUGUUCCGCUCCGAACUGGGCUGAUGAAGACGGGCAUACGCCAUACAGUGUGCUAGGAGUGAAAUUUUGCCCGGACAGCGGCACUACGACCUACUCUUAUAUCGAAUUCCAACUGUCAAGGGAUCUUUUACGUGCACGCCAAUGUGUACACGAGACCUCGUUUUUUCGUCCCACCCGAACCACUAGACAGCUGUCCUUGUCAGCCCAAAUAAAUGAAUGCAUGUGAGAUAUUAUGUAAUGUAUGUAUGUAUUAUUCAAUUGAUUGUAUAAUAUAUGUAUAUUGUAUAAAUGACUGAAUGUGAGAUAUACUGUAAUGUUUGUAUAAUUGUAUAAUAUAUGUAUUUGAUGUAUAUUGUAUAAAUUUGACCUGUGAUGUGUAUAAAUGAUGCUCAUGUAAAACAAGAA